AUGUCGCCGGUUGCAGUCCGGCAUGUUUCUUCCCCUGCCAACAGCACAGAGCAUAUUGUCCGGGUCUUGCUGGCUCUUUCACUCGCAAUCGCCUCCGUCAGCGUCAUGGCCACCCUCUCCGCCAUGUACUGGUUGAUUCUGCUAUUAAUCAGAAGCGACUUCCUCAAAACCCUCGUCUUCGUGGUCUUUCCCAUCGUCAGUUUCGCUUGGGGCAGCAUCCCAUCCGACUCGGCCUUCUGUCAGAUCAGCGGUUUUACCCUCGCCGUCGGCAUCGAGUCAUCCGAUGUUGCCGUUCUCUUGAUUGCCCUGCACUCAGCCAUGUACAUAUUCCGGCCGAGGUCGGGAUUGUACCCGUAUCGGCGACUUGCCUACCUGGUCUUUUACCUGUAUCCCUUGCUGGCCGCAUCUCUGGCCUUCCUCCAGGGCAAUGGGUACGAGAACAUGGGCCACUUCUGCUACCUCAGGACCGACAGGAGUUGGGAGAGGUUGGCACUGAGCUGGAUCCCGCGGUACAUAAUAUUCGCGGGAAUUGUCGUCAUCUACGCCUUCAUUUAUCUUUAUAUUCGUAGGAGGAUGGGAGAUUAUGGGAGGAGGUGCUCGGAAGACAUGCAGCCGUCGCUGGCAUCGAUGUCGACAAACACACCGCCAGUCCCCCCGCUCUGCUACAACGGGCUGAUAACGUCUACACCAUCUUCACGGCGGACAUCGGCGACUGAUACCGUAUCAGCGGCCAAAGAAUCCCUGCGACCCUCAUCCUCGACCUCGCGGGAGCGGCCGGCCAGUUCUUGGACAAGCACAGAGGCUCCGCCGUCAAGGAACUCAGUCCGGUGGAACUGGACGGGCUUCACACAGGCCCAGUCGUCCGGACUCGCCCACCUGCCAUCAGACAAACCUGGGGUCCCGGUCGCUCCCAGCUUCUCCGACCUGCUAUCACCGCCGGCGGCACACACCCACAGGCGCCUUCCAGCAACCUCCACGAGCCCCAAUGCAACACCACAGCAAACCCUCGCCACCAACGACCCCUUUCCUCCACCUUCCGACGUCCCAGCCUCCUCCCUGAUACUCGCACCACCAACAUCCGCGUCCAUAUCACCACCACCCGCAGCCGAUUCCGAGCAGCCCUACCUCCCAACCCCACUACCCGGCCACAGCCCUGCUGCCCAGCAAACCAACAGAAAACCCACCCUCCGCCAGCUCCGCUCCCUCUUCAUCUACCCGCUCGCCUACACCAUCACCUGGCUCUUCCCCUUCAUCUCACACAUCCUGGGCUACAACGACGACAGCAGGGCCCACCACCACUCCUCCUCUCCGCAACAACAAGGAGUAGUAGUACACAGCGACCCGCCGCCACCGCACUGGCUGCUCGUCGUGAGCCUCGCCAGCUUGUGCGUGCAGGGCGCGGUGGACUGCGGCGUGUUCAUGGCCCGAGAGACGCCCUGGCGGUUUGAGGCCAGGGGUAGGGGGUUUUGGGCCGCGCUUUGGAGGAGAUGGGGGUGGAAUUUCAACUGGGAGGUACAGUGUGGAGGAAGAAGGAGGGUUAGUGAAGGGGCGGGAAGAUCGAGGGAGGAGAUGUUGGUUGAUGGGCGGCUGGCGAGGGAGAGGAGGGAGGCGGAGGUGAAGUCUGAGAGGGAGAGGGGAAUGUCUAGAGGGAAGGGGGUUGUGGUGGGAGGGGAGGUGGGGAGGGAGUGGUGGGAUGUUUAUACUGAGAGGGUUGAGGUUGUUGGUGAUGAUGAUGAUGUGGGCUAUGAGGAUUGGGAGGUUGAUGAGGAGCUUCGGCAGGAGGUUGGGUGA